CACCGAGCACAGUUUCGGUUUUGGCAGCAGCACCCAGUGCCCUGCUGGCAGCUUCUAGAGAGGCAGGGGUUACAAAGUGGCCGGAGGGCUGUGCCCCUGAAACCGGAUCAACGGGAGAGAAGGAAGUGACUUAAUCAUCUCACGCAAGAAGUGGAUCUGGUGCCGGCUCCCACAGGAGCCACCUGCAAUGAUGCUCCUCUUGCUCACCUGCCUGCUUGCUGUCUUCCCAGGGGUCUCCAUGAAGAGUCCCAUAUUUGGUCCCCAGGAGGUGAGAAGUGUGGAGGGUAAGUCGGUGUCCAUCAGGUGCUUCUACCCACCCACCUCAGUCAAUCGGCACACCCGGAAGUACUGGUGCCGGCAGGGAACCAGUGGCCGCUGCAGCACCCUCCUCUCCUCUGAGGGCUACGUCUCCGAGGACUAUGCAGGCAGAGCCAACCUCACCAACUUCCCAGAGAAUGGCACAUUUGUGAUGGACAUUGCCCAACUCACCCCGAAAGACACUGGGCACUACAAGUGUGGCCUGGGCAUCAGCAGCCGUGGUCUGUUCUUCGAUGUGAGCCUGGUCGUCAACCAGGGUCCCCAAGAUGACACUCAAGUCUACACAGAAGACCUGGGCAAGACAGUGACCAUCAACUGUCCUUUCAAGCGUGAGAAUGCAGGGAAGAUAAAGUCCUUGUACAGAAAGACUGCCAAUGGCGAAAUGCUAGUCACUGACACCAAUGGUUAUGUGAAUGAAUACUACAAAGGGAGAAUACGCCUAACUCCUACGGGUACCAGCCAAUUGACGUUCAGCGUUACCAUCAACUACCUCCGGCCUGGUGAUUCUGCCACGUACUUUUGCCGCACUGGGCAUGAUUCCAGUGAUGUUAAGAAUGUCGUCCUCGAAGUGCGAAUGCCUGAGCAUGAGCUGGUUUAUGGAGACCUGAGGGGUUCAGUGACCUUUGACUGUGCCCUACGUCCUGUGGAGAAAGAUAUGGCCAAGUAUCUGUGCCGAGUGGGCAAGGAGCAAACCUGUGAAGUGCUCAUCAACACCCUGAAGAAGAGGAAUCCCGCCUUUGACGGCAGAAUAGUCAAGGACGAAAAUGGUCUCUUUAGUGUGUCGAUUGCAGGCCUGAGGAAGGAGGAUGCAGGGGAGUACCGGUGUGGAGCAAACCCUGGUGGUCUGCCGCAGGAAGCUGAAACUUACCAGGCUUGGCAACUCUUUGUCAAUGAGGAGACCGCGAUCCCAAACCGUCCCUCUGUGGUGAAGGGAGUGACAGGAGGCUCUGUGACCAUGCUCUGCCCCUACAACCCCAAGGGAAGCAACAGUCUCAGGUCCUGGUGUCAUUGGGAAGAGGCUAACUGCCCACCGUUAGUGAGCACCACAGGGCUGGUUAAUAAACAGUAUGAUGGCAGGCUUGCGCUCUUCGAGGAGCCAGGUAACGGCACCUACACAGUCAUACUCAACCAGCUCACCACCCAAGAUGCUGGCUUCUACUGGUGUCAGACUGAUGGAGACCAUCGCUGGAGCACCACAGGGGAGCUCAAGGUUGUUGAAGGAGAACCCAGUCUCAAGGUACCAGAGCACAUCACAGCUGUGCUGGGAGAGACCAUCAAGCUCUCCUGCCACUUCCCAUGCAAAUUCUACUCCUAUGAGAAAUACUGGUGCAAGUGGAGCAACAAGGGCUGCCAGGCCCUGCCCAGUGAAGAUGAAGGCCCAAGUCAGGCCUUUGUGAACUGCAACCAGAAGAGCCAGAUCAUCUCCUUGACCCUGAACCAAGUCACCAAGGAGAAUGAGGGCUGGUACUGGUGUGGGGUGAAGCAGGGCCACAACUAUGGAGAGACUGCCGCUGUCCAUGUGACCGUUGAAGAGAAGGGAAAGGGCUCCCAUGAUGUCAGCCCAGCAAAAGCAAACGCUCCUUCAGAUGUGGACCCAGCAAAUGCUGCUUCAGAUGUGGACCCAGCAAAUGCUGCUUCAGAUGUGGAUGUGGUAGAGCCAAGUGUCAGGAAGACUGGGAACAAAAUCAUUCAGGAUCCCAGGUUUGGUGCAGAGGAAAAAGUGGUGGAGGAGAGCAGAGACCAAGCCAGUGGUAGCAGAGGAUCCUUGGAUUCCAGCAGCUCCAAUGGGCAAGGUGGGAGCUCAAGAGUGCUGGUCUCCACCCUGGUGCCCCUGGGCCUGGUGCUGGCACUGGGGGCUGUGGCUGUGGGGGUGGCCAGAGUCCGGCACAGGAAGAAUGUUGACCGGAUUUCCAUUAGAAGCUACAGGACAGAUAUCAGCAUGUCAGACUUUGAGAACUCCCGGGAUUUUGGAGCCAAUGACAACAUGGGAGCCGCUCCAGUGACUCAGGAAACAUCUCUUGAAGGAAAGAAUGAAAUUCCUGCCACCACUGAGAGCAUCAAGGAGACUGAAGAACCCAAGAAGGCAAAAAGGUCAUCCAAGGAAGAAGCUGAUCUGGCCUACACAGCCUUCCUGCUCCAGUCCAACAACAUGGCCACCCAGGCCCAGGACAGACCCACAGAGGCCUAGAGAGCACCUGCAGCCUGUGCCCUC